UAUGUAAGAUGAGCAGUGAGAGAAGGUGUAUGACAUAUGUAGUCUUGUAAAUGUGACAGAGGCUUAAUAGUUCGAGUGGAUCUUCUGACAACUGGGUGAAUUUGAUUACUCACUUGUGCAGCUAGAAUUGGAUCAACAUCUGGAAUUGAAUUAGCAGCUGAAAUUGGAUCAGUAGGGUCAUCAACAGAUAGCUCAGUUACAUGACUUGGAAGAACAAGUCUGUCUCUCAUAUCAUGAGAGGUAAUAUCAGAUGAAGGUGAUGGAUGACAUUGGGGAAACCUGCCCUGAUGAUGGGAGGCAGGGAGGUAGCACUGGUGAUGCUCGACAUUAUGUUCAUCGAUUCCUCUAUGGUUCUUGGAAUAAUACUGCACAACUCUCAGAGCAUUUCAGUGGCUUGAAACGAGGGCAAAGUGGUAAUGAAAAGAUGUUUUCUGAUGUUCAGAAUGGAGAGCUAGGUAGUCAAGUUCAUACGUUAUCUUUUACCAAAAACUUCAGCAGUCUGAUUGCUAUGGAGAAGUUGCUUCAAUCCCAGAUCAGUAAAAUCAGAGCAAACGAGGUUGUUCUAGUCAUCUUCAAAGCAUUGCCGAAGUAGGAUUUUUUGUAUAUGCAAAAAGCAAUUGUUUUUAAAGCAUAUUAUAAUCUUGCAGUGAUGAAUUAACAAAAACUAUUGGCAAUGUAGUGAUAUUUUUUUUAUAAUUUCUUUAACUAGUGGAAAAAGUAACUAUUAGAAGAUUAUCU